GAACCCGCGCCAAAACAACAUUCUAUGGAGUCGUAGGGGCUGAACGAAGUGUAUGAGCUUCGUCAACAUUAAAGCACUAAAACAUCGAUUUAUGGUGGCUUCCUGGUUGUAUUGAAAAACAAAUGGAUUCGCAGUCUUAUCUCCCAGUACCACCCGGUGUUGGAAUGGAAGAGAAUUUCCUUUCUCUCGAUGACAUUUUGCUGUCACAUGAAAGGUUGCCUAGUCGGACAGAGUGCCUGUUUCCAAGACUGGGAUAUUUAGAGAAAUCGACAGAUUCACAAGACAUACAAGAGGGCACGAAGAUGGAACUCCCACUAUGGCUGGCAAAGGGCUUGUAUGAGAGGAAGAGGCGAGUGGUCUCCAUCGAGCUACCUAAGGUGUACCGGGAAGGCUGGAGGACUGUGUUUAACGCCGACCCCACGGUGGUAGACCUUCACAAGAUGGGCCCGUACUUACUAUGGCCUGGGUCCCAGAUGCUGCUUGAUAGUCCAGAGAACCCAGAAAUUGCACAGGCAUUGCUGCAGACAUUUAUUGGUCGUUUUCGGCGAACAAUGGACUCAUCGCAGAACGCCUACAACGAGGACACGUCAGCACUGGUGGACCGGCUGGACAGUCUGGAGAGGGAGCUGUUCAAGAUGGGCCAGAGGGGCUUAAACAGCUUCCAGGGCUGGGAGAAGGGCAAGGCCUCGCACCUUACAGCCUCCGCACUGGUUCUGAACUACCGCAAGCGCAAAAUGACUGACCUACAAGCCUGAAUACUUUUUCCCCGCGGGCAGCCCCAAGUUCCCUCAUUGGUUGAAAGUGUUGUGAUGCAGAAAGUGACACAUUGGCAGAGCAAUACAUUGAGCAGGGUAAAGGUUGACCUUUGGAAACGGAGAUAUAGAGACAAUGAUUGACCUUAUAUUAUAGAUAUUCCAUGCUCUUUGUUUUCCCACAUUCAGGAAUUCUUCGGAAUUCGUCGCUAUGGUACAAUUCUGAAACAUAAUGAUGGCAGAACGUAAUUAUACAAGGCCCGUUAACCUAGAAUUUGUCUGCAAUGUUAAAUUAUUGAAAGAGUAUUAAUCAAGGAUCAUUUGAAAUAACCUGACAAAACAUUUGAAUCGCAUAAAAUACACUUUAAUGUGCUUGUUGGAAUGUGAAGCUGCCAACCAACUCUGCUCUGUCCAUUCUACAAAUUUUUGCCAAGAUUCUGUAAAUAGUUUUUUAUCUUACAUGUUUUAUUGUUCAAAAAUGAAUAAUACUAUUUGCGUAAGUAAUGAAAUGUGUGCUUUUGAAAUAAACAAUGUUAUUUUGUAAA